AUGCCGGACACCAAUAAAACGAUCACCACCACAACCAAAGCCGAUGGAAACUUUGGACCCAACUUUGGCACGCUCUGUUUCAUUGUGCUUCAUUGGUCCCUCCAUGCCAGUAGCUUCAUCUUUGAUAUUCCCAAGAAACGAAUCCGAGAAGGAUAUCGGAUAUGGCCAGAAUAUAGAUGGCAUGCCAUCGGCUUUACUUCCAGAUCACUGGCCUUUAUUCUACUCAUGUGGCAAGAACAAAUGAAUGGCAUUCUUCAAAACUAUCCUUCCACAUCCAAGGGAUGCUACCAGGAAAUGGAUCUUGUCAUUGUACUAGCCACCUGUGCCUUUGCCGAUUUCGGAUCCUACUACGUGGAACGAGACAACCAUUCCAACACUGUUCGAGGCAUCACGUUUACGGAUCCAUUUGAACAAUGGUAUGCAUCGGAAGUGCAAAUCUAUUUGACUGCCUAUUGCAUUGUGGGAUACCGACGGUACACAUUACAUUUGUUGGCAAUCAGUAUCAUCCAGUGCAAUGCCUUCAUGAUGACCAUGCGACGCAAAAAUGUAGCUCCACAAGGUGCAUUGACUGCCAUCUACAGUCUCAUGCUAGUGGGCGCCUUGGUGGCCAUCACGUAUGAUGACCGAUUCAGCCAUCGAAGCGGUGUCGGGGCUACGUUUGGAGGAGUGGCAUCCAUAUUGCGCCUGGGCUUUGGGGUCAACAAGUACAUGUAUAUCCUAUGGACAGUACUGUGGUUGGUAUGGUAUUACAUCCGCAUGAAUCAGCUUUUGCCCUACUUCAACACCAUGUUUUGGCUGAAUGGUCUGGUCAUUACCUUGAUUAUAAGCACCAGUUUGGGAUUCAUCAAGCGAUCCAGGGCUCCCAAGGAGAGCCGGAAUUCUGUGGUUGCCUUUGUGGCCUUUGCAUUUCAUGCUGUCCUUCUGGGUUACCUAUAUUGGAUGAACUUUGUUCGCACCCAAUAG